AUGGCCUUCUCCACCACUUCUCUCCUUUCCACAAACUUCUUAGGAGCAAGAAACAUCCCAACCCCCAAAACAACCAAACCCUCCAUUUCACUACCACUUUUCUUCAAAACCAAAUUCUCUAACUCUCUAAAACCAAAUAAUGAUAAUAAAAAUUCAGAACCACUCAAAUCCGCAGCUGUUUCCGCUCUUAUCUUAUCCUCUAUCUCUCUAAACCUAACUCCGGCGGCUCUCGCCGUUGAUAAUUCCACAUUACCUCCACCACAACCACCGGUUCUCGAAGCACAGCCAAAUCAAUUAAACCCUACAAACUCAUCUUCACCGUUCUCUCCAAACAUUUCACUCACAGCACCCAAGCCUCAAGCGCAAUCUUCCUCCGAUCUCCCCGACGGUAGCCAGUGGCGUUACAGCGAGUUUUUGAAUGCGGUUAAGAAGGGGAAGGUUGAGAGAGUUAGGUUCAGUAAAGACGGUGCUGUUCUUCAGUUAACCGCCGUUGAUGGACGGAGAGCGAACGUUAUCGUUCCUAACGACCCUGACCUUAUCGAUAUUUUGGCUAUGAAUGGUGUUGAUAUUUCUGUUUCUGAAGGUGAACAAGGGAACGGUUUGUUCAAUUUUGUUGGUAGUUUGUUAUUGCCGUUUCUUGCUUUUGCGGGUUUGUUCUUGAUUUUCCGUCGGGGUCAAGGAGGACCCGGUGGGCCUGGUGGGCUUGGAGGCCCCAUGGAUUUCGGUAGAUCGAAAUCGAAAUUCCAAGAGGUGCCGGAAACUGGAGUGACUUUUGCUGAUGUGGCUGGUGCUGAUCAGGCUAAGCUUGAGCUACAAGAAGUUGUUGAUUUCUUGAAGAAUCCUGAUAAGUACACUGCUUUGGGAGCUAAGAUUCCAAAAGGGUGUCUUCUGGUGGGUCCACCGGGAACUGGGAAAACAUUGUUGGCGAGGGCGGUAGCAGGGGAAGCUGGUACACCGUUCUUUUCGUGUGCGGCUUCGGAGUUUGUGGAGCUUUUUGUGGGAGUUGGUGCUUCUAGAGUUAGGGAUUUGUUUGAGAAGGCGAAGUCGAAGGCGCCGUGCAUUGUGUUUAUUGAUGAGAUUGAUGCAGUUGGGAGACAGAGAGGAGCUGGAAUGGGUGGCGGGAAUGAUGAAAGGGAACAGACUAUUAAUCAGCUUUUGACUGAGAUGGAUGGAUUUUCUGGUAAUUCAGGUGUUAUUGUUUUGGCGGCUACUAAUAGACCUGAUGUUCUUGAUUCUGCAUUGCUUAGACCUGGAAGGUUUGAUAGGCAAGUUACCGUGGAUAGACCUGAUGUUGCCGGUAGAGUUAAAAUCCUUCAGGUGCAUUCUAGAGGAAAAGCACUUGCAAAGGAUGUUGACUUUGAUAAAAUUGCCAGGAGAACUCCAGGAUUCACAGGGGCUGAUCUUCAGAAUCUGAUGAAUGAAGCUGCUAUUCUUGCAGCCAGGCGCGACCUCAAGGAAAUAAGCAAAGAUGAGAUAUCUGAUGCACUUGAAAGGAUCAUUGCUGGACCAGAAAAGAAAAACGCCGUUGUCUCAGAAGAGAAGAAGAAAUUAGUAGCCUAUCAUGAGGCUGGCCAUGCUUUAGUUGGCGCUUUGAUGCCUGAAUAUGACCCUGUAGCCAAGAUUUCCAUUAUACCUCGUGGCCAAGCUGGUGGUCUCACCUUUUUUGCUCCCAGCGAAGAGAGGCUCGAGUCUGGAUUGUACAGUAGAAGCUACUUGGAAAAUCAGAUGGCAGUUGCACUUGGAGGAAGGGUCGCAGAAGAGGUUAUAUUUGGCCAGGAAAAUGUCACCACUGGGGCAUCAAAUGAUUUCCAGCAAGUUUCACGAGUGGCGAGACAAAUGGUUGAGAGAUUUGGGUUCAGCAAAAAAGUCGGACAAGUUGCCAUCGGCGGGGGUGGUGGAAACCCAUUCUUGGGACAACAGAUGUCAUCACAAAAAGAUUAUUCCAUGGCAACUGCCGAUAUAGUGGAUAAGGAAGUUAGAGAACUGGUAGAGAAAGCAUAUGUGAGGGCAUCAGAAAUUAUCAACACUCACAUUGACAUUCUUCACAAGCUUGCUCAACUUCUCAUAGAGAAAGAAACAGUUGAUGGUGAAGAGUUCAUGAGUCUAUUUAUUGAUGGAAAAGCAGAAUUGUAUGUUUCAUAA